CGAUGGAUUACGAGAUCCGCACUCAACGUAUUGCACAGCAACCGAUCGCUUACGCUGUCACUGCACGACAAUUGGCUGCAGCGUCGGCAGCGCCAGCUGCAGCAAAGAAACGACACCCCGUUAAGUCUAUUCUUGCCGGUCAGACUCUUGUUACUGUGAUACACUAAGUUGCAGAGUAGUAGAAAUGGAGGAAGAACGCGGUUUAGUACGAGCACUGCCAUUCAGUAGUGUUUGCAUUUUUCUGUCAUGCCAUAUGACGUCAUCAACCAGGAUUGACCGGCAGAAUACAUACAUGUGGCAUCUCGGGCGGGCUCGAGAUAUGCAUGACGUUUCCAACUGAAUAUGUGAAGACACAGUUGCAGCUGGAUGAGCAUUCUGCGCAGCCCCGAUUUCGCGGUCCCUGGCACUGUGUGAAGGUGACGAUCAAGGAUCAUGGAUUUUUUGGUUUGUAUCGAGGGUUGAGUUCGUUGCUGUAUGGCUCGAUACCAAAGUCAUCCGUAAGAUUCACAACGUUUGAACAAAUAAGAAAUAAACUGAUGGACAAAGAUGGCCGACUGAGCAAAUCGCACAUAUUGCUAGCUGGUCUAUCAGCAGGAGUAGCAGAAGCAGUGCUCGUUGUGUGCCCAAUGGAAACGAUCAAAGUAAAGUUUAUUCACGAUCAAACCCAGCCCAACCCAAGGUUUAAGGGUUUCUUUCAUGGUGUCAGAGAAAUUGUAAGGCAAGAGGGGCUUGCAGGCACUUAUCAAGGUCUGACUGCAACGGUGUUGAAGCAAGGAACGAAUCAGAUGAUACGAUUUUUUGUAUUCACUACGUUACGUAACUGGGUGCAAGGAGACGAUCCCAGCAAGGAUAUCGGGUCUGUAAAGACGUUCUGUAUUGGUGGCGUAGCUGGUGCUGCCAGUGUAUUUGGUAAUACUCCCAUUGAUGUCGUCAAGACACGAAUGCAGGGUUUGGAUGCAGCGAAGUACAAGAAUACAUGGGAUUGUGUGGUGAAGAUUGCAAAACAUGAGGGAUUUUUAGCAUUCUACAAAGGAACAACUCCUCGACUUGGGCGUGUAUGCUUCGAUGUUGCAAUAGUAUUCACACUAUACGAAAACAUAAUGAAAGGUCUAAACUGGCUGUGGCCGACCGAGUGAAUUUAUUCGUAUCGUUCCCAUUGUGUUUAUUUAAGAGACAUUUACUCUUAUUUCUGAUUCAAUAAUUCAGUAACAGACAACUAGAAAAUG